AUGGCCGCCAACGACUAUUACCACAACAAACCGCUACCGCCCUCAGCAGCUUCUUCCUCGCCUGCUCCAUACUACGGCGCAGCUGCAUACAACAACAUUCCCUCAGCCAGUUCAACGCCCGCUCCUCCCUACAGCUCAAUACCUCCCGCGUCCGGCGCCAGUCAACCACCACCACCGCGCGCCAACACCGUAUCCCCCUUCGAAAGUGUCUUUGACGAUCACGUUUAUCCGGUCGACUCGACGCAGGACGGAUUUCGCCACAACGGAAACGCACAGAGCCCUCAAACCAUGAACAACAUGAACACAGUAAACACCGCCUACAAUGGCCACGGCCAAACGCCCUAUAACAGUCACGAUGCCCACCAGACGAACCCGUACGCUCAGUCGGACACCGGCUAUUAUGGUCAUUCUACGUCCCCGGAUUCUAGCAGGCAGAAUGUGGCCGACGAGAUCCCGCUGCAAAGCCGGCAGCCGACGCAGCCGCACAAGGAUGUGGAGAUGAGUGAGAAUGAUCAUGUCUACGACGCACCACAGGGAUCCCGUCGCUCAAAGAGCCAGCGCGACAAGAACAAAGUUGGAUUCGGUCAGCUGGGAAUGUUUGGCGCCGGCAGAAAGGGUAUUCCGUGGGUUGUCUAUAUUUUCACACUGGUUCAGGUUGCGGUCUUCAUCGCCGAGAUUGUCAAGAAUGCUCAACUAACCGGUUCUCCCAUCAUGACCAAGCCCUCUUUCAACCCCAUGAUUGGACCCUCGACUUACGUCAUGAUCAACAUGGGUGCUCGCUAUGUAGCUUGCAUGCACAACGUCAAGGGCAUUCAAGAUCUCGGCCAGCCUAUCACCUGGCCUUGCCCGAACUCGACCUCGAGCGAUGCCAGCAACCCCUCGAACAAGUGCGGCCUGGGCGAUUUGUGCGGCUUUGGUGGCGUACCGGAGCCUACCUACAACAACAUCAACCAGUCGCCGGAGCCAAAUCAGUGGUUCCGCUUCAUCACGCCCAUCUUCCUGCAUGCAGGUCUCAUCCACAUCGGCUUCAACAUGCUUCUGCAGAUGACGAUAGGAAAGGAAAUGGAGGUAGCCAUAGGCUCGAUACGCUUCUUCUUGGUCUACGUUAGCGCGGGCAUAUUUGGCAAUGUCAUGGGCGCGAACUAUGCCGGCGUUAUGACCGCGUCUACGGGUGCUUCGGGCGCCCUUUUUGGCAUCAUUGCUCUCACCCUGCUCGAUCUCUUGUACUCUUGGAAAGACCGCCGCAGCCCUGUGAAGGACCUGAUGUUCAUCAUGUUGGAUGUCGUCAUCUCUUUCGUACUGGGUCUGUUGCCAGGACUCGACAACUUUGCCCAUAUUGGUGGCUUCCUGAUGGGUCUCGCGCUCGGCAUCUGUGUCUUGCAUUCUCCCAAUUCCUUGAGACGGCGACUAGGCGCCGAGGACCCAUCAUACGCGUCCAUGAACCUCACUCCUAAUCAAGGCGGUCCGCCUCCGUUCCUGAAGAAUCCCAUUGGGUUCUUCAAGGGCCGGAUGCCACUUUGGUGGGCAUGGUGGUUGGUUAGAGCCGGCUUUUUGCUGACUGUCAUCAUCGUCUUCAUCGUCCUUCUCAACAACUUUUACAUCUACCACAAUACUUGCAGCUGGUGCAAGUACCUCAGUUGUAUUCCCGUCAACAACUGGUGCGAGCUUGACAAUUUUAAGAUCACUUCAUCCUAA